AUGAGCACCUCAUAUCCCCUCCAGAGGACAUCCCUUCUGGUUCCCAUCACCGCCCUCGCCUUCUUGUCAUCCUCCAUGCCAACCCUCCUUGUCGCGGAAGACAACCUCCUUAAAGCCUACGACACAUCAACACACACCCUCCGCCUCACCCUCCGCGUCUUCCACGCCCAGACCAUCCACGGCAUCGUCAUCAGCGGCGACCUCAUCCUCCUAUGGGGCAACCAAUCCGUCACCGCCCUGCCCACCCCCGCCCUCGAGGCCGCCCUGACCGGCGGCGGCGAACCCCCCGCGCCCCUCGCAGAAGCCAAAGCCCACGACUGGCUCUUCAGCGCCGCCGUCUCGCCCGCGGGCCGCAUCGCCUUCGUGACGGCCCACAACGAGCUCCUCGAAGCCACCUACGACGCCGCGGCCCACAAGCUCGUCCUCGGCCGCAUCGUCGCCCCCGCGCGUCCCGGCCUGUACGCGGCCAGGGCGGCGUGGACGGCGCCCGCGACGCUGCUGGUCGCGGGCGGCACGGCCUUUGGCGAGAUUGUCGUGUGGACGUGCGAGCUGCCCGCUGCCGGGCCGCCGAGCUGCGAGGUGCUCUCCGUCUUUGCGGGGCACGAGGGCUCCAUCUUUGGCGUGGACAUUUCGCCCGAGUUUGAGGGUGCCGGGGGGCCGCCGGGAGAGAGGAUGCGCUUGCUGGCGAGCUGUAGCGAUGACCGGACGAUCCGGCUGUGGGAUGUCUCCAAGGCGUCGUUGGAGAGGGGCGUCGUGCGGGCUUCGUUUGGGGAGGCGCGCGAGACGGGGUUUGGCAGCGUUGACCUCUCUGCUGUGGCGGAUGCGUCGAGUGCCCCGGUUGCGGUGGCCAUGGGGCAUGGUUCGCGGAUCUGGCAUGUCAAAUUCGCGGGGCAUGGUCUUGGCUUCGACAAGGGCCAGGUCGUGAUGCCGGUCUAUUCGUUCGGGGAGGAUGCCACGGUGCACAAGUGGCGGUUGGAGGUGGAUGUUGCGGCGUGGCAGGCGAGGAGAGCUUCUGCCGAGGCAGGCGACGGAGGCGCGGGAAAGCUUAUACUGCGAGAAACGUUUGCACACCACGACGGGAAGCACAUCUGGGCGGCAGCUGUUGAGCCCCUGAAGCAAGGGGGCUCUCUGAUCGCCACUGGAGGUGCGGAUGCGAGAGUCAACCUCAUCACCGACGAUGUAGACACGACAGCGAGCGGCGAGGGAAGCAACGGGCUCGAUACGCUUCCGAGUGAGCUUUCCCAGCUCGUCUUUGAGGACAUCCUACGUCGGCUGCCGCCAUCAAAUCAGGAAUACCCGCCACCUUCGAGGAAACGGCCCGAAGGAUUUCAGAACUUUGUCUUCAUCUCUCAGAAUACGUUGCUUGCUGCAAGCACCAGAGGAAGGAUCCUCUUGGGAACGUUUGGGGCAGAUCUAUCGUGGGAAGAGAUUUCUUACGAAGGCCAACACGGUCGCGACCUGGCAUUCUGCACUACAAUCAGGAGUCCUGCCCCUGGCGUAGCCAUCUUAGGGACGGCCACGAAGAAGCUGUUCCUGUACAAGGACUCGACGGUCAAGGAAAUCACCAUCAUGAACGGCAAGAUCUCCGACAUCUUCGUCGUCAAGCCACUCAGUGACGAUAGCCCUUUGGUGGCGGAGCUUCUCGUUAUGAUGAUAGGAGGUCCAGACGUUAUGCAGCUCCUGACGGUCGACAUAUCCUCCGUCACCGUUACCUCCAGCCUUUCUGUCCCCGGUCAACAAGCUAGCUACGUCGCGACAGCAGCCCAUCUAGUCGGCGAUGUUUUGAUCAUUGGCUCUCGCCAUGGUCACAUCUCCCUCUUUCAACGCUCUCCUACUGAAUUGACGCUUCAAUCACCCAUCGUUCGUCAUACAGUAGACACGAUCACUUCGAUCAUCUCCCUCCCGACCUCUCUCAACGGAGAAACCCACCUCCUCAUCACAGCUCGCGACGCUCACUACCGGCUCUACGCUCUCCUCUCAUCCCCCAAACCCCACCUCACACUCCUCCACCAGACGCAUGUGCCAUCCCUCACCACCAUUGAAUCAGCCCACUUCUCCCCCGACCACGACCUCCUCCUGACGGGCUUCCGCAGCAGGCUCUUCACCCUCUACAACGAAACCACCCGCCGCGACAUCCACACCCACGACGUCGGAGGCCCCAACCGCAUCUGGUCCGCCCCAGCCCCCGCCUCCUCCCCGCUCCGCAUCGCCUACGCCAGGGCAGGCAUCCUCCUCCUCAAAACCCAGCACCACCCGCCCCACGAGGUCCUCAAAUCCGGCACCCACGGCCGCGAGAUCCGCGCCGUCGCCUGCGCCAACGGGCCCUACCUCGCCACCGCGAGCGAGGACACCUCCAUCCGCCUCUGGCACGACGGCCGCUGCGUCGCGAGCCUCAAGAGCCACCGCGCCGGCCUCCAGGGUCUGCGCUGGCUCGCCGACCGCGGCGACGGGGCUCUGCUCUUCAGCUGCGGCGGCAAUGAGGAGUUUGUCGUGUGGAGGGUGCGGCGGCUCCCCGGCGCCGGCGCCGCCUUCUCUGGCCCGGCCGUCGUGCGGGAGGCGGUGUGGGCGGAUAAGAGCCCCGAUGGCGAUCUGCGCAUUCUCGACUUUGACAUCACUGCCGGAGAAGGAGGCGUCGUCGUGAGCAUGGUUUUCUCAAACUCGACAGUGGGCACGUAUCUCUACGACGGUGGCCAGUUCACACUCCUGGCCAAGGGACGGUACACCGGUGCUUGCUUGACGAGACCACGGACGGCCAUCUCGGCGUCUGGAUCGCGCAAAGGGGCGAACCGGGCGCUGCGGGGGAAUACGCCCUCCCAGACGACGGCAAGGCUGCACCAGAGCUCCGUCAAGGCGCUGGACAUGAGCACUCUCGACCACGACGGCGCGGAGAUGCGCCUCCUCCUGACCGGCGGCGACGACAACGGCCUCGGUAUAACUGUGCUCCAGCGGCGGGCUGGCGAGUACGAGUUCGUCUCCAAGACGGGCGUCAAGGGCGCUCAUGCGGCGGCUAUCAACGGCCUCGCGAUUCUGCAGACGGCGCCGCUGAGCGCGGAGAAGCAAGCGCGGCGGACGACGUUUGCUACGGUUAGCAACGACCAGCGCGUGAAGGUGUGGUCCCUAAGAUGGGGCCUGACGGAGCAUGAUGAGGCGCAGCUCACUCUGUUGGCGAACGAGAACAGCGGUGUUGCAGACCCAGGCGAUCUUGAUGUUCUUGACGGGGCUGAGGAGGAGGAUUUUAGAGAAAUUGUAGUUGUGGGUGUCGGCAUGGAGACCUGGCGUUUUGAUCUCGCAGGAAAGGGAACAUUACGUAGAUCUUAG